AGGGAAGACGAGGGGAACGAGGAGUGGAAGGAGCUGCAGGACCACCUGGAGAACCAGGCCCACCUGGAGAGCCUGGGCCUAGAGGUUUUCCAGGAGAGCAAGGACCAGUGGGAGAUCAAGGAGACGUAGGUGAUCAAGGACUUCGGGGUAUGAGAGGGCAGGAUGGGGGAAGGUAA